CACUUUACCUGCCUGAGCGCAGAUCCUGAAUCUCAUUACCUUUCCAAUACAAUCCAUAGCUGAGGAUCAGAUUGUUCCAGCGAGUGCUUGUCUUCAGUCAGACAAAGUCAAGAAGCCAUGGCUGUGGCUAAUUUCCAGUAUAUUACCAGGAUGAGCAGUGGCUUCAAGGUCUACAUUUUAGAGGGUCAGCCUCAUCACAGAGGAGAAGACCGAUACAGACAUAUGGCAAACGAACGAACUCGAGCUCCAGCUGUGUUUCCGAUUAAACGCAAGCGCGGCUACGAGAAAGGCUUGACUUUGGAGGAAAGACGAGAGCGGGCAAUUAACAGGAGCAAAAUGGCCCAGAGACCAGGACCCAUGCCUGCAGUCUUCAGUAACCAGCAGAGUCCAUCAUCUCCACAGUGCCCAACACCGAGCCCAACAAGCCCUUUGCCUGCCUAUGUGUAUUACACGCCAGUCAGUGAGGAACCUCUGGCACUGAUCAAAAAACCAAGGAAAGAGCCUGAAAAUGCAGAGGAAAAGAUUUCUGGCUCAGCUGGCAGUAAGAUCCAGAUGCGUCCAUCUGUGAUCACCUGUGUGCCUUCAGUAAAAAACCCUUCUUCCAGACCUGAGGUCCGCAAAAGCCAUUCCUCAGAUUCCAAUUGCAACUAUGAUCACGUCCUUGAGGAGCAUUUCCAGAGGAGCCUGGGGGCCAACUACCAGCAAGCCCGUGCCAAGGAACUCUCCAUCAGUGUGUCUGUGGAUGACCACUUUGCCAAGGCGCUAGGAGAGGACAAGUGGCUGCAGCUCCAAUCCAAGUCCUCUUCCUGUUCCUCCACACCUCCCAGCAGUCCCAGCAUCACUCUCUCCCCCACCUACAGCCAAAGCCCCAACCAGUCCCACAGAGAGUCAUCGCUGACUUCUAGCCACUGGUCCGUUAACUAAAAUGGCAUUGCAUCCAUUUAAAAAAACUGAACUUUUUCAUCACAUUUCAGUGCAAACUGUUUUCCCUGUCCAUGCAACAGGAAAAUGACCCAGCGCUAGUAUUCAGAACUAGUCCAUGUAACAGGGGAAAACCAGUCGUCCCGGUUACUAGUGCGGUUCACAACCAAUUCACAAAUGUAGCAUUGAGCGGGAAAAAUCUUGUUUUGUUACAUUUCUACAAAAGUAUCUGAGAAAUGAUAAUAAUAGAUGGUGUAGGGGAUAAUCCUUUACAUUUCCUUUGAUUUGUGCCAUUCCUAGCAGACUGCGGGAAUUGUACGAGUUCCUUGUAUUUAUAUUCCUGGGCCUUUUGUCUUCAUGACUUGUCUGCUUUCUAACACAAGUCUGAGUUUUUAAUGACUUUUAUACAAAAUAAAAUGAAAAAAUAUGUAUGUUUUUAAGUUCUCUUUUCUUUUGAAUCAAUAACAAGUCUUAAGGGAAAUGUGAAAUUGUGGACUUCUUAAAAAUUGAGAUCAUAGAGAUCUAAGAUUGACAUCAGGGACUCAGUGUAGACAUACAGCACACCUGGCCUGCGGACUGUAUCUAACAAACAGAAUUCUGAGCAACCUGGAAAAUCUGGACUCUUUUUCCAGUAAGUUUGAGAGGAUGUAGGGAGCAUGUCCCAGCAGGCGCUCUGACAUUCCUGUGUCCUGAGAAUAUGACUCUCUCUCAGAUCCUACAUAUCCUGUUUGGCAAGGGAUAGAAGGGAGGCUAGGAGGGGAAUAAAGGGUUGGGCUGAUAGGCCUGAGCAUGACAACAAGUCAUGCUCUGCUGUUCCUUAUUUGCAUGUCCUAGCUUGUUUAAUUUUGUAAAAGAUUGGAGACUCUGAGUAGAAAAUUCCAAAGACUUUAUGUCUGAAAAUACAUGCUUUUAAAAAAGUGCAUUGAGGGUUCUAAUAUUUUGAACUUCUUGGGGUUAUAAUUUGAGCAAAGAAUAUUCUUACAGUGGCAUCUUUAAAAAACAAAAACAAACAAACGAAAAAAACAAUCAUAUUUUUAUGUUUUAACAUUUACACCAAAGGGUGCCUAGGGCAAGUUCACACAUAUGGGAGCAGAAUUUUAACCAAACUUUGGAAGAUUACCUUCCCAGUGACUCACAAACUGGUAUUUCAACAUAUUCAGCCAGCGUAACCCCAAUAGGAGCUGUGAUGCCACCUGCAGGCAUUUGGGUAGAACUUAAACAGCCAGUUUUACAAAUGACUCAUGUUGAAUAACGACAGAAACAGCCAUAUUCAGUUCUAUAGAAAACGACUGUUUGGAGAUGGGUGUUUUAAACAGGGAAAUGAAAGAGAAAGCUAACAUUGUUUGAUGCAUAACAAGAAGACGGAUGAACUCUUACCUACAAAUACAGUAACAUUUCUGGAUUUCCCACAUAAAAAGGAGGUUUUUCCAAAAGCAUGCCAGUGUAACAAUGAGUGAAGCGAAGUAUAUUCUGAGUACACCUUAAAGUCUACAGGGCAGCAUGCGAUGAGAAUGUGAAGAGAAACACUUCUCAUGCAGCUGUACAACAAAUCCACAUUGUUGAGUGAGGGAGAGUCGCUGCUAACUGUAAUCCCUAAUCCUUCAUAAAUGACAGAAAACAGCAUUUAACUCAUGCAAACAGUUAUUAAAAAAAUCUCUUACUGUAAGAAAAAUCAGCUUCACCAUUCUGGGAAAAUUCCUGAAUUUUUGUUUGAUAAAUCGUCAUCAACAAAUCAGUAAUCUCUUCGUAAAUGCCGAACAGUAAAGCUCUAAUCUCAUGAGAACAUAAAUGUUUUAUGAUGACGGUAAAUGAAAGAUUUUGUGAUACUUUGUGUUCCAGUAAUCAGAGAAAGUUGUCUGGGAUAAAGAAACUUUUUAUAAUUCUGAGUGGUUAACAGAUUAAGAUAGAGGGCUGCUGCUUAUGGUGAACCUUUCAUGGAAAAUGAUCCCCCUGACAAAUCUAUUCAUUUAAGUUCAGGAUAGGAAUGUUGCUUUAAACUGCCAGGGGCUGAUAAAAGUCGUCAUCUUUUCCUGAUCUGUUGUAUCUUUCUGCUGUUGCUUGCAAAAAUAUUCAUCCGUUUUUGUUUUUUUAAGUUGUGCAUUAUCUCAAAGUGGUAGAAUAAACUCAAC